GGACACCAUGCUUGCGGCAGCACUCGUGCUAGGCUCACUUGCAGGCUCUGCCCUGGCAUUCCUCACCCCGGUGGAUGGCAUGGACCUUUUUGCCCGGAAUGCGCAGGUCAGCUCUGGAUGCAGCACAAAUGGACCUGCUUCGUGCCAUAACACAACGGCACAGAGUAACCUUUGCUGCUUCGAGUCGCCCGGUGGUCUAGUCCUCCAGGUACAAUUCUGGGACACGGACCCCUCUACUGGACCGUCGGACAGCUGGACAAUUCACGGCCUUUGGCCCGACAACUGCGAUGGUACAUUCGAAGAAGACUGCGAUCCUUCGCGCGACUACACCGACAUCUCCGGGCUCCUCACUGCACAAGGUGCCUCAGACACCCUGUCUUUCAUGGAGGAGUUCUGGGUCAGCGACGACGAGUCAAGCGAAGAUUUCUGGGAACAUGAAUGGAGCACCCAUGGAACCUGUUAUAGUACCCUGGAGCCGUCCUGCCUCCCUGCUGGUAGCCCAAAGGGCGCCGAAGCAGUUGCCUUCUUCAACACCGUUGUCGGCCUCUUCCAGACGCUUCCUACAUAUGAUUGGCUUGCAUCCGCCGGCAUCACCCCUUCGGCCACCAAGACGUACACAUUGUCCGAAAUUACCAACGCUAUCCAGUCCGCGCACGGUUUUACCCCUUCUCUGGACUGCGACGACGACACGACAAUCUUCCAGAUCAGCUACUACUUUAACUUGAAGGGCUCGGUCAUUGACGGCGAAUUCGACCCGAUCAACAUGGCAGAGCAGGGGAGCUGCGCCUCGGAGGGACUCAAAUACCUACCCAAGUCUGGAUCCAGCACUCGCAGGUCUUAGGCCGUCUCUGCUGCCAUCUUGAUAUACUGCCUCGUACGUGAUGUACAAGAGGCCCGGGCCUUUCAGAGUGUUUCAGGAUCACAUAGGACUCUG